AAGAGGGAGCAAGAUCACGCAUCAAGUUCUCCGAUGCGAUCAUGCAAAGCUCUCCCCUCACCAGAAUCAGCUCCUCAUCCAAUCCCGCAGGCAGGCAUGCCUUCCUGUCAUUCUCCUGCUCGGCUCUCCGAACCCCAAAAUCGAACGGAUUACCACAUUAUAAAUCUAGGGUAGCACCCUCUUACCAAGCUCUCAUUUCUGGACUGCCAAUAUAGAAAACAAACGCACAGCAAAAUCCUUCACAAUCAGGAGAUAGGAAAGCUAAAGAAAUAGCUGAUCAUAUUGUGGUACAGGUUUAUUCAUGGGAAGGAGCCAGGUUUCAUGGAGUCUUAUUUUCUUGGCUAUGGGGCUGUUAAGCUACGUCUCUGUUGAAGCUACAGGGAGGUCUCUGAGACACAAGGGAAAUGAAUUGAACAAGGGGCUCCAGGGCUGGCACGGUAAAGAGACUACCUAUGGCGAAAUGACUGCAGGUGGUUUCGGGGGAGGGUCUUAUAACAGAGAUGAACUGGACAAGGGGCUCCAGAGUUGGCGCGGUAAAGAGACUACCUACGAAGAACUGACAGCAGGAGGUUAUGGGGGCGGGUCUGGUUAUGGCUCUGGUGGUAGUGGAGGUGGUGUAGACAAUGGUGGCAGUGGCUAUGGAGGCGGUGGGGGUGGUUUAGGAAAUGGUGGCAGUGGCUAUGGAGGAGGUGGUGGAUCUGGUAACAAUGGUGGUGGUUAUGGAGGUGGAUCUGGUAACAGUGGUGGUUAUGGUAACGGCGGCGGAUUCGGUAAUGGUGGGGGAUAUGGCAAUGGGGGUGGAGGAGCUGGAGGAGGUGGUGGCUUUGGCAAUGGUAGCGGAGGAAGUGGACAUGGGGGAGGCUUUGGUAUGGGGUCAGGUCCAGGAUUUGGUGCUGGAGGUGGGGGUGGCGGCGGUGGUGGUGGUGGUGGUGGGGGAUAUAAUCAUGAUGAGAAGAACUAA